UACCUUACUCUAUGGAGUUGACAUAACCUAAGAGUUCUCCAAAUAAGUUGAAUAAAUAAUUAUAAGUUGUCAAUCAAAAUAAUUAAAUUAAACUAUGGUAUUAGUUUUUACUCGUAGAAGCAGACUAUUGAAAGUAGUUUAUAAUCGUUUAUCAUAUAACAAAACCAUAAUGACUACUGCAACCCGAACUAAAAAAGCAGUAGAAGAAUUGGAACAAAACCCAUUUUUCGAUAAAUAUGCCGAAAAAAUCGCAAAACUACAACAAACUUCACCUGAAGAAUUUCUUAAGAGAGUUGAGACGAAAGAACAGACACAGAACAAACAGAAAAAGGCAGCUGAAAGUCAAUAUUCCCAAUUGCUGAACCCAAAAAAUGUUCUGAAUAAAGAGAGAAACAUUAAUUCGGAAUCAUUAGAUGAAUACAUGAAAGUAGACAUCGUAAAAGAUAAAUCUGCAGAUGAAAUUAAAGAAAUCUGGUUGAAAUAUCAUAUUCUCAAAGAAUGCAAUAUUGCAGCAACCAUCCCACAGAAAGACUUUGAGCAAUUCAAAAAAAAGUCCGAACUUUACCCAACCUUCCUUUUUACUCUACCUCGAAGUCAAGGCUUUGAGUUUAUCAUGUCACAGAUAGAAGGGAACUGUGUGCAUUUUACACCUCUUCUGUAUUUUCAAGUACAUAAAGAGAAUGCACCAGAAUGUCUAACAAUCAAACAUUAUACAGAAUUUAUAAAAGAUAAGGGUAUUGUUCUUAUGAAAGGAGAAUACGAUUCUAAAGUCAUCAGUUCUAAAGAAGCAUUAUGCUUGGCUAACCAGUUACAAUUAUAUUAUUGUCAAAAUGACGAUAAUAAAAAUAAGUUGUUAGAAGUAUUCACCAAUAAACCCAGUGAAUUUAAACAUAUGGACCUCAUUAAAGAGAUAGAAAAUUUGUCUUUAUAACUGAGUCUCUUCAUCAUGUAAAUAACAACAAAAAAAACUAUAUGUGAAAACUUACUGUUAGUCUAUUAAAUUAUCCAUUCUAAAAAAAA